AUGCUCGACAGCAAUGGCCGAAAUGCUCUUCACGAAGCCAUAUUCUGCAGUCAAGCAAAUGUGGUGAAUUAUUUAUUGAAGUCCACAAAGUGGGAUAAGCUUGUCGAGGAUCCAGACAACGAUGGCAACACACCUCUCUAUUUGCUUGCUUCCUCUAAUUUUUGGGGCUACGUGCCUCUGGAAUUAAAAGAUCAUCCCCGAGCAAAGAAGAUGUCAUAUAACAAGGAAAACAAGACUCCCUUUGACGUAGCAGUGUCUUGCACAGAGUGGACGGCAGACAAGGAUAGAAUCGCACCUAGCUUGUAUCACGAUUUCCUUAAUUCCAUUGCUCAGCUGGGACGACGUUCACCCAAGCUGAACCAGAUGGAUCGGCAGAAGAUAAUUUUCAACCAAGCUAAGGAACGCGACAUAAAUAUCAAAGGUAUCUUGUCAGCAGCUCAAAUGCAACUAGUUGUAGCUACUCUAUUAGUCACAUUCACCUUUACGGCUGGUUUUACAUUACCGAGAAGUUUUGAAAGCGAUGACAAUAGCCCUAAUAAGGGGAUGGAAGUUCUAAUAAAAAAAACAGCAUUCCGUGCAUUUGUUAUAACGGAUGCCAUCGCCUUUGCAUGCUCCGCUGGUGCUAUAUUCAGAUACUUCUAUAUGGCGACAAAUCCUCGUCCAAUGUUUUAUCAGGAUUUGGAUUAUUUGUGGUCUCUCAGUAAAGUUGGAGCUAGGUCGCAGCUCGUGGCAAUGUCAGCAGUUGUAAUUGCAUUUGUAACUGGUAUGUAUGCUACUUUAGCACAUUCAGUUGGUCUCGCUGUUACUGUCUGUGCCUUCGGUUGCAUCUCUUUCAUUAUGUACGUGUGGGCAGUGCUGAGGCCAGUAUGGUGGAUACCUAUAGCAAAAAGGUGA